AUGGCAGCGGCGGGGGGUGCGACGAGCCGCAGGGGCCCCGGGCAGCCCUGCCCCUUCUCCAUCGAGCACAUCCUCUCCAGUUUGCCCGAAAGACGCCCCCAGGGCCGGGCUGCCCGCCCGCCGCAGCCAGCCGGCCGCCAGAGCCCUGCGGAGCCCGGGGACCCCGGGGCGCCCGAGGCUGCGCCCUGCGCCUGCUGCUGCUGCUGCGGCCCCCGGAGGCCCCCGGAGCCGGCCGCCAGGCUGGGCGCGCGGCUGCCGUGGCCGCUGAGGCUGGGGCCCUCGGCGCCCUUGCCCUUGGCCGUGCCGCCCGGAAGCUCCGGGGCACUGCCCGGCACGGGCGGCCCCGGCCCGCAGCGGCGCACGCGGCGCCACCGCACCAUCUUCAGCGAGGAGCAGCUGCAGGCGCUGGAGGCGCUCUUCGUGCAGAACCAGUACCCCGACGUGGGCACGCGGGAGCGCCUGGCCGGCCGCAUCCGCCUGCGCGAGGAGCGCGUGGAGGUUUGGUUCAAGAACCGCCGGGCCAAAUGGCGACACCAGAAGCGGGCGUCUGUGGCUGCGAGGCUCCUGCCCGGAGCCAAGAAGCCCCCCAAGGACAGAUGCUGAUCCUCGCGAGCUGCUCCUCGGCCUGGCCGCCUCCGGCCGGCUCCGAGAGGCGGCUGUCCUGCCCUCCUCUGCCCUCCUCUGCCCUGGCGUGAGGAUCCUGUGAGUGUCCGUGCGCCGCCAGCUCGUGAAAGGAGCGAACUCCGAGGACCCAGGUGCGCUCUGCUGCCCAAUGGCCUGCGGGCUAGAGGCCUGGGGGCAGGGUGGGCACAGAGCAGGUCGGCUUCCACGCCCCUCCUUCCAGGCACUAACCCGCCCAGGGGACAGGAACCGCCCGCUGUCCAGAGGGGACCUAGAAUCCUUUCUUUCCUGGGCCUGCGGGCCUCCCUCCUCUCUGCACCCUGCAUGUGACCCCGGACCUGGCCUCCAGCCCCCCGAGGCAGGGUGCGUGGUCACGUCUGUGCAUCCUGGGGUUGCUGCCAGCUCCAUGUUCAGACCUUUCCUGUGAGCCUAUUGCAACAACGGAAAACAAACAAGCCGCUAAAACACCACAAAAGCAGUGGAGUCUAGCCCUAGCUAGUUCAGCUCAGUAGAUAGAGCAUUAGCCCUUGGACUGAAGAGGUUUGAUUCCUGUCAUGUCGGUACCUCGGUUGCAGGCUCGAGACCCGGCCCUGGUUGGGAGGCAACCAAUUGAUGUGUCUCUCUCACAUCGAUAUUUCUCUCUCUCUCUCUCUCUCUCUCCCCCCUCCCUUCCACUCUCUAAAAAUCCUCCGGUGAGGAUAACAAAACAAACAAAAAGAAGUUGAGUCCGAAGUCUGCCCUGGCUCCACUCCCACACCCAGCCGGGACCUGUCCCUUCUCUCUCCUUCCCAGGGAGGGGGGCGGGCAGCUUGCCUUGGGGAGCACAGUCCAGUAAGUACUCAAUCCCUGCACCAGGGUGCCCCUCAGCAGAGCAGACUGCCCUACCAGUACUGGUCUGGCACCCUGGAGGCCUGCACUGGCUUCUAUGUGCUGCUUCAUGGUGGGGGGGUCCUUUGCUUCCUCCCUGGGGGGCAGAUUUCCAUGAUGUGGUGUCUGCCUCCCUCACAGCAGUCAAUCUCUGCCACCCUGUAGGACAAGAGGAGGCUCAGCUGGGGAGACCUACCCACACACACACACUGCCUUGAAAACGCCUGCUUUCCCUUCCAUCAUCCUGCCCCCUGGCUGGAGGAUAGGGUGGAAAUGUGACUUCAGCUCCCCAAGUAGACCCAGACAGUGGGCCCAAGGAACCUAACACCCCCUCCUCUGGCUCGAGGACCUUGCUCUGCCCCCCUCACAGGUCCUGGAGGGAGUUUGGGAGGAGUAUCUGGCAGGAGACACAGUUCUUCCAUAAAAGUCACAGAAGUCAGGGCUGCAGCUCUUGGGACUGUCCAAGGCUGGCCAGCUCAGACAACACCCAGCAGGCAUGGUGUUCCCAGCCAGGGCCGCCCUAAAACUGCCGGGUGCCGCCAAGACGGCAGCUGUUGCCUCGCCUCCCAGCAUGCACACUUCUGGCUGUCACCGAGCUCUUUUCCCUGAAUCCCGGCCUUAUCCUUGGCCACGGCACAGUCGGCCUGUGGAGCUCCGCCUUGGCUGGGACACUCAUCUCGCUGGGUUACUGGACCUUUGCCCUCCUUGGCUGAGUGUUUAUUUGUCUUUGUGUGUGAGGCAGCCAGGAUUAAAGUUCCAUCUUCAAGGGACCGGUGGCUAUGUUGCCUUUUUGAUUCUUCUCCUUUCUCUCUAGCUGCUCUUGGGCAGGCUCACCUCCACAGCUGGCUGUUAACUUAUACUAGUAGGUAUCCUUGAGGCUGAGUCUCAGGAACUCCCCUCUCGUCUCCAUUUUCACCCUGGUCUAUCUCCUCCAUUCUCAGCUGCCACAUUUACAUAUCCAGCUCAGGCCUCUCCCCAGAACUAGAUAUUUAUGGCCAACUGUCCCUUUGAUUAUUUUACCUGGAAGCCCACAGGCCCUCUAAGUCACCUUGUCCUGGGAAGGCAAGCUCUUCCCCCGUACAUACCAGGUACAUGAACCAAAGGGCAGGCAAUUACCCUGGCCCCGCCUCUCCCUCACCAACCAGACAGAAGCCAACAGCAAGUUGAUUUCAAUUUCCAAAAACAAUCCCAGAAUCUACCUUCUCUUCAGCUUCAGUUGCACCAGCCUGAUGAAAACCUCCAUCAUCUCUCACCUUGACCGUUGCAGCCACCUUCAGUCUUGCCACCUCUAUCCUCUCUGGUUCCUUUUUAAUUCAUUCUGCAUAACCUCUGCAAGUCUGAACCUGCCUCUCCCCUGACUACAGCACUCCAAGGGCUUCCCAUUGCCCCAUGACCCACAGGUUCCAUCGAUUGCAGCCUGGCCUGCCCCUCUGGCAUUAUCUCACACCUCACUGCUCCUUGCACUCUGUAUUUCCCAAGGUCUUCUCCCUCAUGCUGCUCUUUGCCCAUGCUUUUCCCUCUCCACCUGAUCAAUGCCUGUUCAUCAUUUGGAUCUGCAGUCACCCCCUGCCCAGGAAAACUUCCCCUGACUGGAGAUUCCUCAAGCACAAACUCUGUUCUUGCUCCUGUCAACUGCAGUUGUAAGCUUGUUCGUGGGAUGACCUAACCAGGGUCUGUCUUCCUCAUUGGACUGUUAGCUCUGUGAGGGCAGGAACCAUUACCAUGGAAUCCCCAGUGAAUAAAGGAAUGACUGCUUAUUGUACUAAAUCAUGUUGGGAUAACAUUACUUUUUUGACAUUAAUUCUCAACCUCCUUUUGAGAAUAAAUUAUCAAUCCUGAAAAAUGCUUAGGCAAUUUUCUGGUCCACUUCAAUGAGAAUGAACCCUUUCCUGGGAGCCCACUCUGGCAUUUAGGGACCUGAAAUUUUUUUUCAAAUUUUCUUGGUUUCGUACCCCAUUGCCCUCUUUCUCCCCUCCCCCCACCGCUCCCAGGGACCUGAAAAUUUUUAACCAGAUAUUUCUUUA